AUGACCGUGUUCCGUAUCGACUGUGGCUACCGUAAUUACGACUGGGGCAAGCUCGGGCUGACGCUGGCCGUGGCGAAGUUCGCCGCCAGCCUGAACCCCAAUACCAAGGUCGACGAACUGAAGCCCUACGCCGAGUUGUGGAUGGGUACUCACCCGCUGGUUCCUUCAGUGGUGGUGGAUAACGGCAAGCUGCUUCGCGAGGUGAUUGAGGCCGACCCGUCGUUGGUCACUGAGCCCGUGAUCAAAAAGUUUGGCGGCAACGUCGAGCUCCCGUUCUUGUUCAAAGUGUUGCUGAUUAACAAGGCGUUAUCGAUCCAGGCUCACCCGGACAAGCUGCUUGCUAAAGUGUUGCACGCAAACGACCCCAAGAACUACCCUGACGACAACCACAAGCCGGAGAUGGCGAUUGCCCUCACCGACUUUGAAGGGUUCUGUGGAUUUAAGCCGUUAGACCAGUUGGCCACCACUCUUAAGACCAUCCCUGAAUUCAGAGAGAUUAUCGGUGACGACAUUGCUGAACAAUUCAUCAACGGUAUCGACACUAACGCCACCGAAGGGCUGGAAGCUGACAAGAACAACCGUAAGCUUCUUCAAGCGGUGUUCGGUAAAUUGAUGCACACUGACGAGGCCACCAUUCAAACUCAAGCCAAGAAGCUUGUCAACCGGGCGGAAACCAAUCCUGAAGCUUUGAACGCCAUUGACUCUCGUUUGGCCGAACUCAUUGUCCGUCUCAAUAAGCAGUUCCCCGAAGACGUGGGCUUGUUCUGCGGCUGUCUUAUGUUGAACCACUGUGAACUUAAGGCUGGUGAAGCGAUGUUCUUGAAGGCUAAGGACCCUCACGCUUACAUUCUGGGGGACAUUAUCGAAUGUAUGGCUGCGCUGGACAACGUGGUGCGGGCCGGUUUCACUCCCAAGUUCAAGGACGUUGACAACUUGGUCGACAUGUUGACCUACUCCUACGACCCCAUCGAAAAGCAAAAGAUGCCCACCACUCCCUGCGACAAGGCGUCGGGCCAAGCGCUGAAGUGUGUGGUGUUCAACCCUCCCAUUGACGAGUUCGCCGUGUUGCAAACGGUGCUUGAUAAGCAAGGUGACAAGGAACACUUUGACGCCUUUGACGGGCCCUCGAUCAUCAUCGCCACCAACGGAGCCGGUACUCUUAAGGCCGACGGCCAAGAGUACCCGUUCGCCCAAGGGUACGUGUACUUCAUCGGGCCCAACACCGCCUACGACCUUGUGGCUUCCGAAGCUGGCUUCACCACCUACCGCGCUUACGCCUAA